CUGUGUUGUAGCCAAUGCUACUGCACUCCUGUCCCAUAAGAUGCUCGUCACGAUGUGUAUUUGUGCGCUGCUGUUAGCAUCCUUCCCUGCGGCUUGUCAGCCGGUCCCGCGAAAUUUCUCGGCACCUGUGCCAAAGUCCGGCGUUUCGACGUCAUGGGACCUGUCCCGAAUCGUCAGCCGCCACCAGCCCAAGGGCGUGCCGCUCAACAAUGAGGAUGUCUUCGUUUUUCUCGACAAGCUGGCGUCCUUUCUGCAGAUCACAAACUGCGACAAUAAGCACGGCGCUCUCAAGCUACCAUCGGAAGCAGGCCCCACAAGCCUGCAGUUCCCGCCCAAAUUAGAGCAAUUUACCAAUAUACCAAAUAACACCACGGAUGUGGAGAUAGUGAAGCAGCUUAAUACGAAGAAGCCCUCCAGCAAGCUCGACUGGACGCAGUAUCUGCUCAACGGUAAGGGCAUGCUAUUUCUUGACCACCACUACAAAAAAAUUGUCGUUUCCAUCAGAUCAGACCUAGAGCUCAAAGACUAUUUCGCCAUCUACAGUGACCAGGCCAUCAAUUUCUGGCCCCAGGUGUACAAGGAAGGUUUCUGGAAGUCGGUCAAGAAGAAGGUGGACCCCAGCAUGGUCCAACACCCGUACACUUACUACCGCAGCCAGUACUGGGGCUACUACUGGAGAAACUACUUCAAGCUCAACAAAGUGCAUUCUGGCUACUCUAACAUUGCCGACAGGAUGUUCGAGGCCAUUUUCGUGGAGUACCUCAAAGCCAAACAGCAGUAUCCGGACUACCAGUUGGUGAUAGCGGGUCAUUCUAUGGGCGGUUCUAUUGCCUCCAUCAUUAGUUUGAACUUCCACCUCGUGCGGGUCGCCAACGUGCUGGUCACCUUCAACUCGCCCAAGCUCUGGUCCGAGAGUCUUGCCAACAUGUACGACAGGGUGUCUGGGACGACUCGGAUAAGAGAGGUCACGAUGGGCCUCGAGUCCGGCUAUUUGCGGCUCUGGAACACCAGAGACGCAUGGAACCUGUUCCCGCCCGCUUCUCUUCUGAACGUUGUGCUUUCGACGGCAUUCAAGCACAGCGGGCUGUCGCUGGCAACCGAGCAGAACAGACUGCACAUGGCGAUGCGCGACCUGGUGGUCGAGUACGAUCUCCUGGGCAAGUGGGACUACGAGAUGGAGCACAAGCAUUGCAAAUUCAUCAAGAGCACCGACGAGUUUGUGAACGUCAUGUCGUGGGACGCGCACCGCGUUCUGCUCCGCGACAUCUGGGCCUGUGUCGACCUGAAGCCCUAGCUUAUAGUUCUGCGUCCUGGAUUUGCUCUGCAAAGACGGGGCCGUCGUAAUGCUCAAAAUCAGGGCUUUUCCCGCUUUUGUAGCUACCCUGGCUAUUGGGGUCGCUUUCGUUCUCGAACGGGCUCUCGUCCGGCACGGCGGGCACCGAGAGGUUGAGCGGCGUCAUCGGCGGCAUUGAGAGCGAGCAGGGCAGGAAUUCUGGUGAGCGGCCGCCGAUCGAGUUCGGGACCGAGUCUGUUCUCGUCAAGGGGAGGUGAGCAGGGAAUCUUGUGUUGAGCCGAAGACUGGGGGCGUUGAUGUAGGACGAGCUGCGAGACUUGAGCGAGUUUGGCGGCGACGACUGGUUCAGGUUGAAGUUGGACGGUGACGCGGCAAGCGAAGUCGGGAUCAGCGACGGCGAGUCUGGCGCCGCGUGGAUCGCCAUCGGCUGCGCACGGGCGCUCGUCUUGGGCGACGUGAACGAGUACUUGCGGUAGUACUGCUGCUGCUGCUGUGGGACUGCAGUUGCCGACGACGCCUGGAGCAGCGGCAGACGUGGGUUGGUGAAAGUUCGCUGUAAAUUGGACGGGGUGGACGAAAGCGUGGCGACCUGCUGGUUGAGCGACAAAAGCGAGAUGUUAGAGGCUGACGUGAUCAGGUGACCCUGCGAGUCGAAUCCAACCGACGUGGCCAGCAAUGCCGGCGACUCGCCGCCAAUUGGCUGGGGAUCUCGUGCGUCGCGAGGCUCCAGGUCCAACAGACUGCCGUUUUUCUGGCUAGUUCGCGACAGCAACGUGUUGACGCUAUCUGUCUCUUGGAGAGUGGUGCUCGAGAGAUUUUCGUGCAUGUUGGGGUUCAUCGGCGUGUUGGUGAGCUGGCCGGGGGCGUUUUGCGACAUCAACCUGGAAAGGACAGAAAGUUGCAAAUAUGUACUAGCAAUCUAUUCUGCGGGCGGGAGUAUAUCAAGAUAAAAUUUUUCAACUACACAGCCUGUCACGAUAAGCUCAAUUGAUGACUCAGGAUGACUCGUCGAAAAAAUCCUCCACUUCCUCGAUAAUAUCCUCGGCAGCCUCCUCCACAGACUCCCACAUGUCGUGGAAUGAGAAGUGUGGCUUGCGGGAAGGAGCACGGUCGGGCUCGGAGUCUUCGUCGUCCGUGUCCGUAUCGUCAUCGCUCGAAUUAUCAGGAUCAUCUUGGGCCGGACCUUUGCCUGUUUCUUUGUCCCCCUUCGCCUUCUCCUUCUCAUCGCCCCCCUCUUCUCCCUUCAGAUCUGGCUCAGCACGGCUGUCGCCCCACAAAAGGUCCACGGUCGCUGUUUUGUAGACCCACUCCACGUUAAAGUCCGUGUCCGGAUAUUUCCUGCUGUCCCUCCACGUCUUGGGCAACGCGUGGCUCGGGGACAGCACGGAGGGCGCACUGCCGUUGUUGGGAGCAGGCGUCAGAUUUAGCGACUCACACACAAUGUUAUACACCUCGGUGUUUUCAAACGGUAGCAUCUUGUAGGACGAGCCCAUCUUGUGCUCAAAGUAGGGGCCCGUAGCAAUAAACAAUGACCUCAUCAGCACUUCCGUGUUGUUGUAGCCGUGAACGCCUUUUGGAGUGUAGUGGUGGUUCUUCUCCAUAAACUCGUGCGUGGUGAUUGCAUAGCCAAUUUUAGGAAUGAUCCAUAUCGGCGCGAUACGCGAGUCGUACCGACUUCUUCCUCCAACCAGCUGGUUCUCGAUAUCCUCCUUUUUGUGCACGGUGUAGUGGCUAUUCUGCGGAUCUGCGCGGUAUUUCUCCAUGAUCUCGCCAAACACCUCGUCCGCGCUGAACCCGGCAAGUGGCCAAAGCCCAUACAGUGGCCAGCCGUCAAUAUGCUCAAUUUUAUCCAGCUCCACCAAGUCGUCCAAAUAAAUAAGACGUUCGUCAGAAGUAGGCGCCAUGCCGUGGUCAGAAACAACAACCAUGUUCACCAGAUGGGUCAGGUUGCGUUUCUCCAACCCCACGUAGACGGCCUCCAGAAAUCCGUCCACAUAAGUAAGUCCUUGGGCAAGCUCCGGACCAGAAACCCCGUACUCGUGGCCCAGCGUGUCUAUGGUUGGAACGUAAGAUAAUAGCAAUUCGGGCCGUGAAGCCAACGGCCUGUCGAGCCACUCAAAUAGGCGGUCAAUUUUGCUCGACAAAACUUCAGACUUGUUGAACCGGUCAACCUCCAUGGGGUUCAUAUUUGUGCCAUAAUCGACCUCCGACCCUGGCCACAUGUGUACUGCGCUGCUGACGCCCUGGCGGGCUGCCGUAGACCAUAGGGGCUCGCCACCCCACCAUUGGGGCUGCAAAGCAAUCGAGUCGUUGGUAUUUAUGAAGAUUUCGUGCGAUGCGGCGUCGUAGAAGCGGUUCGAGACGAUCCCGUGAUAAAUAGGUUUGAGCCCCGUCACCAGCGUAUAGUGGUUUGCAAAGGUGACUGUCGGGUUUGAUGGAAUCAUGUAUGGCGGUCCAUAUCCCUUGCCGAUCAUCAAAUUGUGCAAAAACGGCGUCAGGGCCGGCGAGACGUAGUGAGGAUGGAAACCGUCAAGAGAGAGAAGAAUAGUCGUUGGGUAGAAUUCGUGCGUUCCGUUGGACAAUAUAGGCUUUGCCAGAUUCCUAGCAGAUCCUCCCGAGCGUGCACGCGUAACGACCAGCGAGAUGGCGAGCAAUACGGCCACAAAUCCGCCCAGAAGAAGGUGGAAAUACAGCUUUUUGUGGUUGCGUGUUUUCACUGGCCCAAACUCGCCCAUCUCGGCAAAACUCGAAUCCGACCUGUUGCGGUCAAACAUCUCGAUCGUGUCGAGAUACUCAAAGCCCUUGUGGCUCCGUCGGAACACCUUGAGGAAGUUUGUCUUGACCUUCCCAAAGAAAGAUUCAGGAGCAGGUCUCAGGUUGCG